AUGAAAAAGCAACAAACUAAUAGUCAAAAUAGUUCUGUUGGUUUCAAUAGAACUUAAGUAUUUGAGUAAAAGGCUGAACAAUCUAAUCCUUUUGAAAAAACACUUAAAUCAAUGAAUACAGAUAGAAAGGCUUUGAUUUAAAAUUUUUUAGGUAAUUAGUUCAAUUAAUAAAGAUGCAAAUGCAAAUUCAAAUUUGGAGUAACAUCCACAUAAUUAAAGGGUCUUUACAAAAACAAUUACUGUAGAAGCAAAGGUAGAUGAAAUAAAAUUUGAUAACAUUCCAGGAGUGUUAUAACAGAAAAAAUUUAAUUAUGGUAAUGUGUACAAUGAAAGAUCUAAAAAAAAUCCAUAUGUUAUCAUCUAAUCUUUGGUUAGACGAUUCUUAGCGAAGAAGUUAGUCAAUGAAAGAAAGAAAUAUUUUUAGAAAUUACUCAAAGAAGAUUAAAAAAUUACUAUUGUAGAUAAAUGGGUAAAUGAUGAAAAAAAUUGGGCAUAAUCUGUUAUUUCUAAGCUUAAAGUUUAACCAAAAUAAAAAAAUUAAGAAAGAAAAACUAUUUCUGGUUUGGAUAAAAACAAUCCAUUUUAUAACACAUAAAUUGAAAUAAUGGGCGAAAUGGGAGUAUUAGAAAAAGAAGAUUUUAUAGAAAUUAAUCCAGCAACUGCAUUUGCUAAUCCAGCUAUUCCUAUUACAGAAGAUAUCAAAAUUAAAAAACCUCCUCUAACUAGAAUUAGACCUAAAUCUGCUUAUUAGAGCUAGGUUAAACCUAAAACUAUGCCAAUUUAAUUACCUAAUGAUAAUUGUUAAAUUUGGAAAGCAUUAUAUAAAAAAAAAUAUGGAAGAGAGAGUUUACAUGAUCUAUCAAUGAAAGAAAUUAAAAUUACAGAUGAUUAUAUUAAAAUAGAGAAUUAAGAAGCUGUUAGAGAUAAGGCUAGAAUUAAUAAAAUAAAUAAAAUUUUAGAAAAAGAAGUACCAAAAGAACUCAAAGUUUAGAAAUAAAAAUAAACAACAUCUAAAAAGAAAUAAUUAGAAGAUAGUAUUGAAGAUGAAGUUUAAAGUGAAUAAGUUUAAUCAGAAAUAGCUGAUGAAGUAGAAGAAGAAAUUCCAGAAGAAGAAGAUAUAGAGGAAGCAGUUGAAGAAGAAGGAGUUGUAGAAGAAAUUGAUGAUAUAUAAUCAUCUUAAAUAAAGGAAGAAUCUAUAGUCUAAGAAUCUUCUGUAAUUAGAGAAUCUAUUCCAUCAGCCUAAAAAAGUUCAAAAAUCAUUAAGGAAUCUAUUCAAGAGGAUUAUGGUGAUGAUUUUGAAGUUGAGGAAUCACAAAAAAUAAAGACUCAAUAAUCUUAAUAUGAAGAUGAUUAAUUUGAUUCAUAUCAUAGUCAAAUUGAAGGUGAUACACAUAGAAGGAAGGCUACUCCAAAAUCAAUAAGUGACAAAGCUGUAAUCUCACCUUAAACAUUUGUACCUGAAGUUAAAUCAAUCCCUAUUGAAAUUGAUCCUGGAUGGACUACUAAAAGAGCUAAUUAAGAGGCUGAAAUAUUACUUAAAAAUUAUAGAGAGAAGUAUUCAUAAUUAAGAGAAGUAGAAAUUAAUGAUGAAGAUUUUGAGCCACUCAAAUAGGAACAUAGAGAUUUAAAAUUCAUUCAAUAAUAAGUUAAUAAUUUAAUUUCUCAUACAGGUGACUUCUAUAAAGGUUGGAAAGAUGCUGUUAAUCCUCAACCAAGUUAAUCAGCUGAUAAAUUAUAUGCUUAAUUCUAAUAUGAAUUUUAAAGACUUUUAUCAAUGAAUAGUUUAGGAACAAGAUUCAGCAAAAUAUUAUCAUAAACAAUAGUUAAAGAUGUUCCUGUAGGCAAUGUUAAAAAUAUUAUGAGUGGUAUAGAAUAAUAAAUGUCAAUUGUUUAACAAGUCUUAGAAAAUCUAUUAUUUUAAGUAUAAUAAAUCUUUGAUUUCAAAUAAACAAUGGAAGAAAUGAGAUUAUAUAGAAAAGAAAUGGAUUAAAAAUUAUAAUGGUUAUUAUUUAAAUAAGAUAAAUUAAUAAAUAAUUAAUUAGGAAAAUAAUUAGAAGAAAGAGAUAAAGAUUUAAAAAAAUUCAUUGCAGCAUUAUUUGAAAAAUAAAGAUUAGAAUUUGGAUCAAGGAAAUUGGCAGCAACAGUUGAUCCUCAUUCAUUAUCAGAAGCACUUUUAAAAAAUUAAGGUUUACUUUCUUAUAAAUUUGAAUAAUCUGCAUAAUCUAAAAAGGAUUCAAGUUAUGGUAAACAAAGAGAUAAAAGAAGUGCAAAGGAAGAAUCAUAUUAUUAAGCAGAUUUUGAAGGUGAAGAAUCUGAAAGGAUUAAGACUGAAAAGUCAGAUUAAAAUAUUUAUGAAUAAUCAUAUAAAAACAGUCUAACAGAAGAUAGAGAAGUAGAAGAUGGAUCAUAAUAAUCAGAUAUAGAUUGGUAAACAGAUAUUAAUUUAUUUGAAAAUACUUAAAAUUCUUUUGUUGAUAAGAAAGAUUUAGAUGUUUAAUAGAUUGUAGAGUACCUUUAAGAAUAAUUAUUAAAGGAAAUUUUAGGAGAUCCAUUUCCAAUUAGAGGUUAAUUACAAAAUUCUCAAGUUAAAAAUGAAUCAAAUAUAUCAUCAUAAUAUAGUCAAUCAUUUGAGGAGGAAUCCUUAUCAGCAUCUAAAGAAAUAGUUCCUGAACCAAAAUAACCUCCUCCUCUUGCAGUAAAGCCAAUAUAAACAAAAGAAAAAGUAGAUGAUUUUGGAAUGGGAAAGUCUGCCAUCAAUAGAGAUGAGCUUUCAAAAGAAUUUGAUCUAAGUGAAAAUUCUUAGUUUCUUGAAAAAUCUGAAAAUAAAGAGGAAGGUAAAGAAGUUAAGUUGGUUACAGAUUUUAGAUAUUAAAAUUUUGUAAAAUAAAUACUUGAUAAGUAUGGUAAAGUAUUAGAAGGAAAGGAAAAAUAAAUAAUAACAAAAUUCUAAUAAAUUGUUAAGAAAUACAAAUAAGAUAAAAAAAAAGCUUUAGGGUAUUUAUUUUCAACAGAAUUUAAAUUUAUUGAUUAAAAAUAGGUUAAUGAAUAGAAUGCAUUCUAAAUAGUGUAAUCUUUAGAGGAACAAUUAUGUGAAUAACUUUUAAAAGAAUAUAAUGAUGUAAAUAUAUUUUUUAAAUUAAAAUGUUAGGGUUCAAAAUUAGAUAUCAAAAGUGCAAUAGAAUAAGCAAAGGUUCUUGUCCUUAAAAUAACAGAAAAAAGAAUACCAGUAGAUGCUUUUAGUUCAUCAUACAAUUUUUAGGAAAUUUAUAAUCAUGCUUAAAGAAAACCACCUGCAAAAGAAUGUCCAAUUAAUUAAGAAUUGGCUGAUGUUUACAUCAAUGAGGAAAUGGAUAAAUUUGGAAAUGAAGUAAAUAUAUAAAAUAAUUAUUUAUUAGGCUACUCAAUACAUUCUAAAACAAAUAGCUAAAAAUACAUUGGCAGACUUUGAUAAAAUUCUAUUAAAAAAAAAGAAGUGAA